AUGCCGAUUUACAUCAGUGACAACUUGUGGUACAUCAAUUGGGAAUACUUUCUGAUCAAGAAUGGCCACACCUUUAAGUUUUGUCAAAGUAUCUGUGAGGCUAAAAACAGAGAGACUGGAGCCUUAGCUGCUGCCAAAGUCAUUGAGACCAAAAGUGAAGAUGAACUGGAGGACUACAUGGUGGAGAUAGAGAUUCUUGCUACUUGUGACCACCCAUACAUUGUAAAACUGUUAGGAGCCUUUUAUCAUGACAGCAAAUUAUGGAUUAUGAUUGAGUUUUGUCCUGGUGGAGCAGUAGAUGCUACUAUGCUUGAGCUGGAUCGAGGCUUGACUGAAUCACAGAUCCAGGUGGUUUGUCGCCAGAUACUGGAGGCCCUGAACUAUCUGCAUGGCAAGAAGAUUAUCCAUCGAGACUUAAAGGCAGGCAAUGUGUUGCUGACCCUAGAUGGAGAUAUUAAACUUGCUGAUUUUGGAGUAUCAGCCAAAAACAUGAAGACUUUGCAGAGGAGGGAUUCCUUCAUUGGCACACCAUAUUGGAUGGCUCCUGAAGUGGUGAUGUGUGAGACUAUGAAAGACACCCCUUAUGAUUACAAGGCUGAUAUCUGGUCCUUGGGCAUAACACUCAUAGAAAUGGCCCAAAUAGAGCCGCCUCAUCAUGAGCUCAAUCCUAUGAGAGUCUUACUGAAAAUAGCCAAAUCUGAUCCUCCUACUCUUAAUUAUCCAUCAAAGUGGUCUCCAGCGUUCAGAGAUUUUCUGAAGACUGCACUUGACAAGAACCCUGAGACCCGGCCAACUGCCACACAAUUACUUGAACAUCCUUUUGUCAGCAAGGUCACUAAUAAUAAAGCUUUGCGUGAGCUCGUGGCAGAGGCAAAGGCUGAAGUGAUGGAGGAAAUUGAAGACAAUAGAGAGGAAGUUGAAGAGGAGGACUCAUCAGAAUCUGCAUCUCCUCGUGAUGUUCACAAGAGGGAUUCUUCUCUUGCAAGCCAGCUAACUUUGGAAGAAGACAGGCUUCAAGAAAACCGCUUAUCACAUGUGGCCAAUGGUCCAAAGUUGCCUUUGGAGCAGGUCAAGGAAGCCAUAAAUGGGCAGGGCAACAGGCUUUUGGAGGAAGAAGCUAGAACUGAAGCCCUGGUCAAAACUGCUGAGCAUUCAGAUUUGUUGGGAAUAGAAAGUUCUUCAGUCCUGCCUGGUGCUAUACAGAAGUUAAGCACUAGCCCCCAAGGAUUGCAGCCCAAUGAAAACAUUAAAUCGGCAGAGGAUGGGGCUCUCAGCUACCAAAAGGAAAACACUCAGCCAGCAGACAGUGAGGAUUCAAAUUGGGGAAGCCAUAUUGUAAACAGCCUCCUUGAAACGCCAACUGAAGAAAAACUCCCCAAUGGGAGUUUGAGCUCAUCUCAGUUUGAGAAUGACAGCUUCAAGAGAGAUUCUGAUUCUGGUAGCACCUCUGCUUCAGAGAGUAUGGACCUCAGCAUCUCUCUGUCUACUGAUCUAUCCCUGAACAGAGGCAGCGGGUCCCACUCCCUAAAGAAUGCAAAAAUGCAGAACAAGACACUGAAACGAACGAGAAGAUUUGUAGUAGAUGGAGUGGAAGUGAGUGUUACCACCUCAAAAAUCAUUAGUGAGGAUGAAAAGAAGGAUGAAGAGAUGAGAUUCCUCAGGCGCCAGGAGCUGCGGGAGCUGCGUUUGCUUCAGAAAGAGGAACAUCGGAAUCAGACACAAUUAACGAACAAACACCAGCUGUUCCUGGAACAAACGUUAAAACGCUUUGAACAGGAAAUGAAUACAAAGAAGAAGUUCUAUGACACAGAACUAGAGAAUCUAGAACGGCAGCAGAAGCAGCAGAUUGAAAAAAUGGAGCAAGAUCAUGCGCUGCACCGGCGAGAUGAGGCUAAACGUAUCCGAGCUGAGCAGGAACGGGAUCUGGUUAAAUUUCAAGAACAGCUGAAACAAAAAAAGAAAGAGCUCAAGAAUGACGUUGAAAAGCUCCCACGGCAACAGCGCAAGAGCACCAUGAAAGUGAAGUUGGAAGAAUUUGUCCAAAAAAAGCAAGUUAUGGAACAAGUCUUUAUUGUCAAGCAAUCUGAGGAUCUUGAACAGGCUAUGAAAAACAUUACAGCUCAGAAUCGGAAGGAGAUCUGUGACAAAGAACGAGAAUGCCUCAACAAGAAGCAGCAGCUUAUGAGAGACCGGGAAGCCACUAUCUGGGAACUUGAAGAGCACCAUCUGCAGGAGAAGCACCAGAUUAUGAAACAGCAACUCAAAGAUCAGUAUUUCCUCCAGAGACAUGAGCUGCUCCGGAAACACGAGAAGGAACGCGAGCAAAUGCAACGAUAUAACCAGCGCAUGAUAGAACAGCUGAAAAUUCGGCAGCAGCAAGAGAGGGCCCGUCUCCCCAAAAUUCAGAGGAGUGAAGGGAAAACCCGCAUGGCCAUGUAUAAAAAGAGUCUCCAUAUCAACUCCAGUGGAAGCGCCUCAGAACAGAGAGAAAAGAUAAAACAGUUUGCACAGCAGGAAGAAAAGAGACAAAAAGCUGAGCGACUGCAACAGCAGCAGAAGCAUGAGAUGCAGAUGAAGGAAAUGUGUGCCCAGUGUGAGAGCAAUACGAAUGAACUCCAGCAGUUGCAGAAUGAAAAGUGCCACCUUCUGGUUGAACACGAGACCCAAAAAUUGAAAGCCCUGGAUGAAAACCACAAUCUGACCCUCAAGGACUGGCAAGAUAAACUUAGGCCAAGAAAAAAGGCACUAGAAGAUGAGCUGAAUCAGAAAAAACGAGAGCAAGAAAUAUUUUUCAAACUCAGUGAAGAAGCUGAUGGCCUAUCUCCUAUGUCACCGAACAAGCCGGCUAAAUUUGUCCCAUUCAGCUCUGCAGAGGCUUCAUAAUACUUGGUUUAAGUAGGCAAGGCUUGCUAAUACUUGCCUUUGUUUGUUGGAGGGAAAUCAGCAGACAGGGCUCCUUCCUCUCUUUGCCAACUCUGAUCAGAGUUUCCUGUUCAGUUGUGUGUCAGACAGUCAAUGUGGCUAGCAGUCUGAUCCACUAGAGGUGAGGCAGAUUCACAUGUAGGUUAGAAGCAAGCUAUAAAUGAGCUUCAGGAAGGGGACCUGAUGGGGCCGAGUGCAGAAUCCACAUUGCUUGCUGAAUCCUUUCCCUGGUCACUGUCCAGUUUUGUCUUUUACCAUUUCCCGAAGGGAUAUGUGGAAAAGAUCUAAGAGGAAAUUCAUCACCGUAUCAGUUUAAUUUUCCAAGUUAGCUUUCCUUUGUAUUUCAACUUAAUGAGUGGGUGGUUUCACUCAACAGUAUAACUUGAGACGCAAUAGAAAGUGAUAUUCACCUCUGAUAACCUUUCAAAUGACAGUAAAACAUCACCUGUCUUUAAUGUGGUCUCUAUCUUUGUAAAUUAAGCAAAGGACUGCUUUUCAUUCUAUGUCUCCCUUUUGAAAUUGAUCUGUCCCUCAGCAUGUUCCAGACAGCUUGUGACAUAAUUUGUAUCUGUGAUAUAGAAUAGCUCUACUAUAGCCUGAAACUUAGAAGCAAAGUAUUUUUAGUCAAAGCAGUCCUAAAACAAACAGGGCAGCCAGAGGCUUGGAGGAAUGCAUUUCUACCACUCUGAAGGUUGAGUAGAGACUGGGAAAAUGCUUUCCAAUCUGGAGCUAUGUUUAAAUAAACAGACUUGCCCAAACUAAAUGGUUGUAAAUGUACCGUAAGGAAGAAUGAUCUUUCUCUGUUGUUGUCAAUCAUCCAUGAUCCCAGCAGAUCUUCUUUUCAGACGCAGCAUUGUACCCUUGGUUUCCCUGUGCUGGUGAACCAGAGUUCUGUGGUCCCCUUUCACCCCACAGCACUACUUGUCUAAGAUGAAGCCUCUGCUCAGGUUAUGGCCAUGUUUGCUCUUUGGGUAAAUUAAGGAGCAGCCAAACCCAAAUGCCCACUGCAAAAGAUUUGUAGCUGGCCUAAGGUUAAAGGUGCUUUGCUUGCAUCAAAUUGUGUGUGACUUUCAAGUUUUCCUAGAGUAGCAAAUACCAGCUUUGGAACUUUCUCGUGCUAAAUGAUUGGGUGUGCUCAGAGUAGAAGACAUGGUUUUGACCUAAAGCAGCAUCUGUAAGGGGACUGCUUUGACUCAUUGUAGCGACUGUUUAAGUCUUUGCAGUUUCUCUGAAUCAGUAUAGAGGGCCACCUAAGAGAAGCCACAGAUAGUAGAAUAGAAUAUUAUAUAUUUGAAAUGCUAACACUGUUCAGUAUUUCAUAGACUUUUACAAAUCCUAUGUUUGACCAAAGAGAUCUCCUUUCUUUCCCUCCCACAUAUUUGAUUUAUUUAAUAUAAAUUUCCACAGGUUUUGUCCACUUUGCCAGUUUGCAUUUCCCUAUAAAUUAUAUAUAAAUUGUUGUUUUGUCACUCUAUGAAGUACAAUUCAUCCAGAUUUCAAUUUGGGCAGCCAGCUGUAUGUGAUAAAUGCUUUGUUUGGUACUUGUUUAGCUAUAAGUUCAAACAGAAAGUUUAUACAAUUCAUUUUAACCACCUCAGAACAAUAUGCAUUAAUGGAGGAAACAUGGUCCAGUGUUCCUUUUGAUAUACAGUGUAGGGCUAUUGCAACAAUAGCUCUUUGCCCUCUCUGUAGGAAAAAUAGUUCUGUUUUCUUAUGCGCUGUUCUUCAAAGCACUGUUGCUGAUGACAUGAUUUCUAUCCUGACAGCUAAUUUGCUGGAAUGUCAAUUGAGGUUUAGUAAACUAGUGGCUGCUGAUAGUCCCAGUCACAAUGUGUCAAGCGCUAGAAUAUAUUAAAGAUGUCAGAAUGAAAAUACAAUCUGAAAGAAAUGUCUGCCAAAAGGAUUCUGGAUGUCAGAGGUUUUUAGGAAAUGUGUGUUCAGAAAGCACUUUAAUCCCUUAUCAGACUGUUUUAAAUCUUUGAGUGUUAAGAUAAUGUGAGGAGAGAGAGAGAAAUGGAAACAAAGCCUGCACAUUAGGAAUGUUGAAAGUGAAGGCAAAUGUUCUCUCAGUGAACAGUGUUAGCUUCAUGUUGAAAAUGAGGGAUGCUUCAUAAACAUCAUGUCUUGGGUUUGUUGGUGUGUACGCACAUUCCUGCUGUUUCUUCUCAGCCAAGAAACCAAACAGUUGUAUACACUCACAACUACUCUUUCUCCCUUUCCUUGCCAGCCUGGUCCUGGCUGUUCCCAAAGGGGCUAGAACUUCACUACUGGCAAUAUGCACUUCCCAGUUUUUCCAGGAAGCGUAUUGGAAGAAAGCGUCCCUUUCCCUCUUCCAGUUAAUUGUUGGCUAAUCCUAGGAAAAAACGUCAGGGCAGAGGGUUUUGUUUUUUGUGUUUUGUUUAGGAAUAAGGGCUUUUUGGAAAAAAAAGUUCUCAAGGAUUUUCUGUCUUUGGGUUACCAUGAUGAUGUAAAUAAUCUAAUAAAUAUGAACCACUAAGCCCUUGCGUGCGGUCCAGAUUUGCAUUCCUGCUGCGUGUUUCUUUAGGUCAGCAGUGCUGACUUGUAUUUAUACAUGAUCUUGGCUUGGCUACAGUGGAAAUGUGUUUCAGAAUGCUGUUGAUUGGCAUUAAAACGAGCCAAGUCAACAGCUUGAUGGCCCUGUACAAAGUGUUUUUAAAAUAUAGAUGGUCUUACUUGAAAAUAUCUGUACUGUAUUGGAAUGUGUUAAUAUUAAACUAUUAAUUCUUGAAGCAGAUUGUGAUUAGUUAGAUCUAUGUGUAAGUCUCUGUCACUGGUUAUUCAAAAAAAAAAGGUCGACAUUGGUAGCAAGGUGGAUCUGCACCUCUCAUUAACUCUUACUGUAAUUCUGUCAUUCUUCUAUUUUGAUAUGAAAAUUAUUGAAUAAUAAUAGGAUGGAAGGUGCUGAACUACUUAAAAAAGCAUUACUUUCACGAACAUGAAACCUGGCUGUAGCUGAGUUCCAGAAACAUUUCUACUUUACAUAUUGUAUCUUGAAAUCUUAAUGUAAAGGGGAUUUUUUGUAGCGUUCUAGUAAUUUACUGAUUUUCUUUAAGGUGGAAAUUUCUGUCAAUUGACUGGGUUUGUCAGAGAAGCCAUUCUUCCUGUAUGGCAUUUCCAGCAAUUCCCAUAAGAUGUUAGUGUUGCUGAGCAUAGAAAAUACAUUAACUUACUUUGAAAAUUCUGCACCACUUACCUUUUACAACAUCUGUUACUGUACUAGUUGAUAAUUGAAACCCACUAGGCAGUGAUGCUCGUUCCUGGUUUUGGAAUCCCAAUCCCCCUUCUCAUCCCCCAUAGAGGGAAGAGCUGUUGGAGGAAUAAACAACAGCUAAAAAAUCAGGAGAACUCCACAAGCACUGGAGAACUCUUCCUGUUCUGAAAAGCAAUCCCCUAACAACGCAUCAUUGCAAAUGCCUUCAUUCUAGUGAGCUGUAGCAUAUUUCCCAUUUUAGCUAAUACUGGUUAUGACUGAAAAUUGUAUUUCCUGCACCUUCAUGGUCUGUAUGGUUGGCAUAACUCAGCUCCACUGCCUUUGCACUUGUUUUUAUGUUGGUUGUCAGUUGGUUUUGGAUUGGGACUGAAAGCAUAGUUCCAUACCUAUUCAAGUAAGAAGACAUAUUGGUGCCACCCUCUUGCCAAAUGCCUGUGUCUCACCUGCAGUUGAGCACUGAUUCCUCUUCCAGUUAGUUGAGCUAGUCUGUGUUGUCACUGGUACCUCUGAAUAGCCUUGGGGACACUGAGAAGGAUGUGGGCAGCAUCAUAUCUUCUUCUGAUCUUUGGACCUUUGCUCAGUUUGCAUAACUUUGUGAAUGAGAUGCAGAAUAACAGUGUGGCAUUUGGGAGAAGGGAUACUAGCAUGCCCGCUGCUUAUAUCAUUGGUUUGACUCGUGAGGCAGCAGCAGUCAGAUACACAGUUCCUUAGAAAUGGGAAUUCUGUUCCAAACAUCUUACAAAAUAUUUUUUUUAGAAAAGAAGAUGUUCCUAUUUUGUUUUCUAAUCAGUAGUUCUACCAUCAACAUAUGACUCUAUCUAUAUUUCUGAAAUCGCUAUACUCUUUGCUUUGCCUUUCUUUCAUUCUGGCGCUUUUUACCCCUCAUACUUCCUCACAGUCACUUGCUAGCAAUUGGUGCCUGGGGGUAAGGUGAGGUUAUUUCUCCUUAGCUGCUCUUGGAAAGCUGCAGCUGUUGUCCUGGGCCUUCUGGAUGGUUGCUGGUGGUGGUGGCAGCUUCUCUGCUUUGCUUUUCUUCUGAACCUGCAGUGCCUGAGCUGUCAAGAUGCUAGCACCUGGGCCUAUUUAGAAGGGGCUGCCCUUGGUGUCUACUGGCUUUCAAGUGCCUGCUCCACUUGUAAUUUGCUGGCAGACCCUGGAUCUGCAGCACUUGAUUUGUUCAGCUUCUCUCGAAGUUCACCUCAGCCACUGCCUCACCUCUGCCACUUCUGUGUAUUCUGGCUAUUCCGUGGCCUUCAAUGCCAUUCAGCAUCACUGCUCAGCCCUUUGCUGCCACUGCCAGCAUUCUUCAGCUUUCGCUAGUGUCCUCCCUUUCUUUGCUCUUUGCUCUUCCCUGUCAUUUCAUUUUCUCUUUUUCAUCACCACCACCACCAUUAGCACCAGAGCCAAAUCCUUUUUAAAAGGCCAGCUUGAACAGUUUGGCAGAGCACAGCCCUUAAAGGGAAAUGGGGGACAAAGAGGUGUGGGUGUUCCAGUUGCGGUACAUCCUUCCUUCCACAGCUUGUCCUAGUGUGCAUGAUUGAUUUUUUUAUGUAUGUAUUCUCCAUCAUGCCUAAUACUUGCAUGCCUAUCUUCUAGGUGUAAUAGUCCAUUUGUAAACAAAUCACAGGUAAAAAUAGCCACUCUGAGAAGGAUGCAUUACACAAGGCAUUAUGGUGUUCAGUGUGGAGAAAGAAUGUCCUAUUAUACACAGUACUUUCUGAGAUGUGCUUUGCUCAUGUAGAUAUGCAAACAUCAAAAGUUUGAAAUGCUGGAGAAAAGCUUCUUUUGCUUUUUGAGUCUAGAAUAUUACAUUUGUGACCUGACAAUGAAGUUACAAAUUCUAAUGCAAUCAAUCUGGCCACUGGUGUAUCUAAUGUUGUAAUAUAAUUCUUGUCCCUAUUUGUGCAAAAUUAUGUUCUGCAGCUGUCUGCCAUGACAUAUCACUGCUCCUAUGCCAUUGGAGAAACAUCCCAUGCUAAUUUGAUGGGCAAAGAUGGAUGAAAUGUGAGCACAUUGUCUCAUGUGACCAAUUUCUUUACAUGUGAAAAUACUCCAUUGCACUCAUGUCACUAUAUCCAUUUUUGGCCGUUCUGCAACAAAAAAUUUAAUGGAUUCAGUGCAGUUGUUAAGAUGACACAAAUUGAGUAUAGUAAGUUGCAGGUGCUAGAAACGAUCAAAAUGUGAACACAUCUAUUGGUUGUGGACCUUCCAGAACUGCUUUGAUUUUAUCUGGUGACUUGUGCAUCUAGUAUAAUGUAUUCACUGUAUACUGUUGAGUUCUUUAAACAAUCCACAUUUUGCAUGAUUGGCAUAUAGCUCAUAUUUUUCUAAUUUACUUUGCCUCUUCCACCUGUCACAGCUGUGUCAACCAAAUAACACUGUGUUCUGGAAAUGCCUUGCAGGACUAGAUCCAUGGCCUGUUGUCAGAUAGCAAUAACUGAGGCAAUACCAAAUAUUGACCUGUUGUAUUAGUACAGACCUUUGAAUGUGUUGAUGUCUGGAAUCUUCUUCCACUUCCAUUUGUAGAUAGGCCUGCUAACCGUCCUCCUGACAGAAAAUAUCCUCAAAAAUAUCCUUAAUUGAUGAGAAAGAUACUGUUCAACUAUCACAAAUGGAAUUAUAGUAACCUUAAAAUUUCUACACAAUCUCCCUGUUCCAUUUCUUUUUAUAAGUAUGAUAGGAGUUAGCCAUGCUGUCUAAGCAACUUUUGAAAGUGUGUUAACCUUUUCCACUUCAGUAUUCACUUGGAGGCAAAUGCUAUCAUGAACAGGUCUUAUUUUGUGGAACUCAAGCUAUGCAUUUUCAGCUAAUUCUAUUUCUAUCUUGAUAUGUUUCAAGGUUCCAGUUCCUUCCUUGAACUCUUCUGCUGCUUGUUUUAGUGCCUUGUAAUAUUUCCUUACAAGAUUUCUUCCAUAGCAGUUUGUUGAACAUGAACAAUAGGAUAGUUCAAGGGUAGUUUCUUCACCCACGCUUUCCUACUGAGUGCUGGAUCUUAACUCUUAACGGCAUGUGAAUCUGGCUGACGUUGGUUAUUUUCAUGUUUCCAUAUCAGCUUUUACCAUUCCUGUGGACAUUAUCUUUUCUACUGUGUAGGUUUUCAACAAUAACAGUUAAUGUCUAGUUUGCAAAGUUUGAUGGCUGAUUUUUUUCCCCUCUGUCUAUGACAUUUCAUCUUCACAGAUCUCUAAUUCCAGCUAAUUUUUCCAGCUAUCUGUGGUAUCAGUCAGACUAGUCGUUUUGGUAUAUAUUGUAAAGUUCCAGGGUCACUAUCUCACUAUCCAUGUCAAGGGCAUUAAUUUGGGGUUUCUCUGCCUGUGCCGUGAUCUGUCACAACGAUUUGUGAAUUUACAAAUUCAGACCACCUGCACAUUGUACCAUUAGUGGGAAAAAUAGAUAGACAGCUCCCCUGUUACUCAGAAGGUUACUGUAUUAACAAGAGAAUGAAGAAGUCUCUGCCCUAAUAAAUUUAGAGAUAAAUUGGGUGCUGCAGCAAAAGUACACAUUUAUUGAGGUUUUCUGUAACCCCCUUUGCCUUCCAAUAAAUCUGAUUAAAGAAGCUUAUGAGAAUCUUGUUUUUGGGGGUAAUCACCUGUCAAGAGCUUGACAUUCAUCUUGGCAACUCCUUUAAUCCUCUUACAAGGAAAGCUACCUUCUUGUUCUUGACCAGGACUAUGCAAACGACUGUCUGAGAACAGAAUGGGUUGCCAGUACCUUAGUUCAACAUUAGCAACAAGUAGAUUCACAAACCAGUCAACUGAUUACUGAUGUUCCUCAGAUGAUGCAGCAAUUUGGACAAGCAAGGCAACCAGCUAUGGCCACUAUCGGUGCCCCUUCUGCCAUUCCUGCUCCUCCAAUUAUGCUAUUUCACUCUGCAGGGGGAAGGGGACUUGAGUUGGAAGGCGGUCUUAUGAUCUUCUUAGACCCUGGAAAAGAAGAUGGCAAUUUAGAAACCAUCACCACAAGUUUGGAACACUUACAUUCUUCCAUCAUCAGGAAAACUCAUAGCUAGUUCCCUGCCCAUCAAGGGGGUUGUUAACAAGAAUGUAAAGAAACUUCCACCCUAGCCAACUUUGAGAUAAUUUAGAUGCUAAAAGGAAACCAUCCAGUUGCUAAAUUUUCUGUCAUCUAACUCCUUUUCCCUUUCAACAGAUCUGAUCAAAGACACCUUUGCAAGAAUCUUGCUUUUGGGUGUAAUCAGCUGUCAAGAGCUUGGCAGAUAGCACAGUGAAGAACAGAUCCUUUACUCAUACCUGUGCUUUGACUGCUCAUUGCACAAGCCAUCGACCUUUCCCUUUAUAGAUGCCUACUCUUAAAGGUACUCUCUGCUUCUAGGGCCGCAGCACAGGCUCUAGGAAACAGAGGGGAGAGGGAAGCUUUAUCUGUGAAUAUAGCCCUGACUUUGCUGGUAUUCUAUAAGCAGAUCAAAGUAACUUUAUUCCAGUGCAUGUUCGUCCCAUAGCUUACAACAAUAUUUCUUUCCUAAAAUCCUUCAACUCUAGCAGGUUGCCAUGCAGAUGUAAUACUCCUAUGUAUGAAUACGGUUACUUUAAUAAUACAGAUAAGCAAGCUGUUAGUUCAAUGCUAUUUUGCAAAUUCAUACUACUAUUGAAGGAACAGUAGAUUCCACCUGUCAUAGAUAGUCUAGUGCAUCCUGCACUGAGAAGGGAGGUGGGCUAGUUGACCUCUAAGGUCUAUUCCAAGGGCAUGAUUCUGCAAUUCUAGGAAUGUGCUAUUGUUAGCAUUUCCACAGCAACAUCUCUCUCCAAUAAAUCCCUCAAAUUGAAUUUUAAAGUCCUGAAUUCUUUGACCAACUUUGUAUAAGGGUUACCAGUCUGCACACCUGAAUGUCACUGUGAGAAACUUUGCAUCUUGAGCAGAAGAAUGAAAAUGUCCAGAGCACACAUUUCCCUUCUCAUAACAGUCAUUCCAUAUUUUACUGUUGUGUUUAUAUUAAAUUACCAACUUUUAAAAAAUAGCAUUGCAUUUUAAACAUACAACAAAGGUGCAAGAUCAUUCCAAGCCUUUCAGUCAAGAGUCUACCAUUACUGAAAUAUAUCAAGCUUUUGUAAGGUUAAAAUAAAAUUGAAAAAAACCUUGAUCAUUUUGCACAUUUAUUAAAAGUACAGCACCUGUUUGGUCUGAUUAAUUUUUAUAAAGGUUUUUUAAAUUUCUUUGAGAAAUGAUAUGAAUGAAAAACUUGCCUGCUGAAGGUGACACUAAAGCAAAGUAGAAUUUUUGAUUUCUGAAAUCUACUGUAAAUAUUCUAACUAAAGACUUAAUUUGUAUAACCAUCAUAAUGCAGUUCCCCAGCAAGUCCACUAGAUGGUACUAUCUUAAAAUAAUGAUUUAAGUUUUUGUUUUUUAUGAUGAUAUAAACUGAAGAUCAGAAUGAAUGAUAAUUUGAGGAAUUUGUUUAGGCAGGGUGAUCUGAAAGAACUCAGCAGAGAAGGUAUAUGAAGACUGAAUUUAUUUUGCUGCCAUAAAUGUGCUUU